UUCUACCAUUCAAUUCAUUCCACAUUUCAUGAAUUGCAGAUGAUUUCUAGCUCAUUUCUAGUUCUUCUUUUUGCCUUCUUUGUCGGCAUCGCCACUCCAGCGAAAGCAGGAUCUUUGUUAUUUCAGCCCGAUGUGAAGAAACAAACUGUAAUGGAUAAUAACAUUUUUUCAACCUCCGUCAGUAGCAGUCACCACGGACGCGACCAGCUACAGAUAGGCGUAGACUUUAAUUGGCAGCUCUUGGGACCAUUUCCGACAGGGAUGCGCGAACAAGACUUUGGCGCUGAUCCAUUGGAAGCCUUUGGUGGAUUCCGAGAGCUCAAAUAUGAUGAAGAUGCAAAGUAUCCUUCAGAACUAGCCAGAGAUGGUGUUGUACGCUGGCAAACUACCCAGAUGGACCGUGAAGGAUGGAUCAAUAUCAGUUAUCCAGAGAUCGACUGGAAGUUCAAUCAGCAAUUCUUGGGCUGGGCUUUCAAUCAAUUUCAAGCUUGGGCAAGAUCUACGUUUACUAUACCUUCGCAUAUUGGUGAUGGUGAUGGACUUUGUCCCGUCAUAAUCCAAUGUGAAAACGUCGGAGACUUUUAUGUGGAUGACCAACGUCUUUCAGGGGACUGGUAUGGAUACGGUUUGACGAGGCAUACUUUAAGGUUAAAACCUGGUAUUCAACACAUAUUGUCUGUUCGGGUCGUCCAUGAGGUGCGCAUUUUCGGUGGCGUGAUUACACCUCCACCUUCCAAAUUCAAGUGCGAAUUGAAGAUACCCUUCGCCACAUGGUCUAAAGAUUUAGAGCCGCAGUACCAGCAUCACCGUCGCCAUCAAGGCAUGACGGUUCAAGUAAUCAAAGAAGGGUAUGGAGGGCUUGUGCUUAUGGACUUGGUUGAUGAUGCGCUAGCAGGGAAGUACAUCAGCGUCGCCUUAAGGAACGUGGACACCGAGAAGGUCCUUGUUCAGUCUGUUAAGGUCCUACAAGGAUCCGACCGAUUCAAGGCAGAAUUAAAGGAUGUAUCGACUGGUAUCCGCCUAACUCCAUCCAGUCAUCGCCCGAUCGUCAUUCGCCUUGAGGAAACGGGGGCGAAGGCAAGUAAUGGUGCACUUGCCCCGACAUUCACACUGGAAUUUCAGCUGAAGUGGCUCACACCUGCACCUGUACGUAAUGGGGAUUCAAAAGUUGAAACGCUAGAAACCGACCCGAUCACUUUAAAGCAGCGCAAGUGGGGUGAAGUAUAUCAUUACACAUUUUUAGAUUUCGAUAACACGGUUCAGUAUGCUGCUGCGAUCCCUCCAAGCGAUCCUUCAUCACAACCAAAGGGCUUUAACUCUGUGCCUGUUAUCGUAGCUCUUCAUGGCGCAGGAGUUGAGGUGUCACAAAAGUCGUUUUGGUUAACAGAGUACAAAAGGCGCGAGCACAGUUGGGUCGUUUUACCAACGGGGCGUUCUCCAUGGGGAUACGAUUGGCAUGGAGCAAGUAUCAAAAAUGUCAUGAGUGCUAUUCAGAGCCUUUCAGACUCAUUGCCUGGUGUACCAAAACAUCUUCGAGGCCUUCCUGGAAUAAAGCCAGAUCCCGAGAGGCUCUUGAUGGCUGGGCAUAGUAACGGUGGUCAAGGAGCAUGGUACUUUGUAACCCAUUUUCCAGACAAAGCAAUCGCGGCUACACCUGCUGCUGGGUAUGUAAAUAUCAAGCAGUAUGUCCCAUAUCUCGGGUGGCAAAGCGAUUCUUAUACCGAUUCACACUUGCGUGGGCUUUUAGAAGCAUCAAUCAUAGAGUUUGAUAACAACCUUCACAUGUCCAACACAGUCGGGGUUCCUAUUCUAGCAAGGACAGGAAGCGAAGACGACAAUGUUCCGCCUUUCAACUCCAGGAAGAUGGUGCGACUCGGGCAAGAGAACGCACAUGACCUCUCUGCAAUCAGACUAUCAGAAGUCUCAGGAGAGGGACAUUGGUUUACGGGAGCACUUCAUGACGAAACUAUGCAGAAGUUCUUGAAGGGCCAUUUAUUCGACAACAUUACUUCAGGAGCAGUUGAAGCAUCUAUAAGUCACCCUUUUGAGGAUUUUGGAAGCUAUCGAGAUAAUAGGACUGGCGCUAAAGCAGUGACCCUUCCUCCAUUCCCCAAAUCAUUCGAAAUCACUGUCAUCAACCCUGCAGGGAUGGGAUCGAGAGGUGGCAUUCAGGUUGAACAGCUUCAUAUCCCUUUUCGGAAAGGAACUAUUCGAGUACAAGCUCGAGAAGAAGCUUCAGGUGUCCAGGAUGGCGCUGUUGAGAUUACAUGGGAGCUACGGACGACAAAUAUUCGUCGCUUUCAAUUUUUGGAUUCAUCUUUGCUUCAACAAAGACGUGGUGGUCGCCUCACAAAAUUAAUUGUGGAUGGAGUGACAUUUUAUCUGGGUGAUGACGACAACAGCUGCAAUAACAGAGGAGCUACGGUCUCCAACGUGGCCCAAGUCACAUUUGUACGAGAUCAUUUAUCCAAGACUCGUCAGCAUUCAUGGCAGUUCAUGACCUCUAGCGAAUGGUCCCAUAUUGAGCGCAAUCGUGACACAUAUGGCCCAGCAAUCCAAGUCUUAGAAAAACGUCUAGUCGUGAUUGUCGGCACCAACUUCUCUGGCAAUGGCAUUCCUCCAGAUCUCGUUGGUACAGCUGACAGGAUUUCGAAACUAAUUGCUCAUGAUAUCUAUCUCUACGGAAGAGGUGAUGUGGAGGUUAUGGAUGAUGAAGAAUAUAUGACAAAGCUUCAUAGGAAUAGAGUCAGUGGAGAUACCAGUACUGAGAAAACGAACCUUGUUCUGAUUGGUGAUGCUCAUCAAAACAGCGCCACAAAACAUGUCCUCGCACAGACAUUUCAAGAAGUGACCAUUGAGGCUCAAAGGGGUUGUGUGUCCAUUGACCCUAGACCAGAGACUGCUGCUGUGCCAAGUGAAUUUUGUGGGCCAGGGAUUGGAUUACUGAUGAUACGGCCAUGGGGAUCUUCGAACUUGGCAAUGGUGAUUGCGGGUGUUGACAGCCAGGGGUUGGAAACCGCUGCACGUCUCUUCCCAAAACGGACCGGUCUUUUAGUUCCUGACUGGAUCGUGACAGGACCAGAGAUGGGGUGGAAGGGAGCAGGAGGAAUCCUCGCAGCUGGAUUUUGGGGCAACCACUGGGAAUAUCUUCCAACGAUGUCAGCAUGACCUGAAUUAAUUCUCGGAUGCCAUACUAAUAAGAGUUCUCACCAGAAAGUUGUCG